UCUCCACCAUCAAACCUUAUACUUCAUCCAAGAUUCCUUUGGCUUCCUUGUUAUCUAUACUCGAUCUCUGUGUCAUGGCAAUUCGGAAGCCAGCAUGGUUGGAGGCUCUCGACACGCAAAGGUUCUUCGUGGGUUGUUCGGUGCAUGAGGGUGCGAGAAAGAAUGAGAAGAACAUUUGCUGCUUGGAUUGUUGCACUGCCAUCUGCCCCCACUGCCUGCCCUCGCACCGCUGCCACAGGCUCGUGCAGGUCCGGCGCUACGUCUACCAUGAUGUUCUUCGGUUGCAAGACCUUGAGAAGCUCAUCGACUGCUCCAAUGUUCAGUCUUAUACAAUUAAUAGCUCUAAAGUGAUCUUCAUUAAGAAGAGACCGCAAAGCAGGCAAUGCAAGGGCUCAGGAAACUUCUGCAGCUCUUGUGAUAGGAUCCUCCAAGAACCUUAUAUACAUUGCUCCCUUGAGUGUAAGGUGGAUUAUAUAUUGAGACAGAAGAAGGAUCUUUCAUCAUGCUUGAGGAAAUGUGAGUCACUGCAAUUGAGUCCAGACUUCAUCAUACCCCAUGAUGUGCAAUUUGGAGAAUAUGAGACUAAUGAGACGACACACUCAACUGUGUUGGAAGGUUAUGAGCCCAUGGGUUCAUCAGACUCGGAGAAUGUGAGCAUGCUAUGCACCAACUUCGUUCGGAAGAGGCGGACUGGACUCAAUCUUUUCUCAAGGUCGGCUAGUAGAGUGUCUGAUGAGGACAUGGCUGGAAACAUGAACAGGAGGAAAGGGAUUCCACAGAGAUCACCUCUAUGUUAGAACAAAGUCGAUCACUAGUUUCCACUGUUAUGAUCCCUGCCUAAAUUUUGGUUGUCACUAUAUUUUUACUUGGUAGGGGUAGUUUGU